AUGCAAAAAUUGGUUCAAAUUCUUAGUACCAACUUUAAAAAUAUUUAUAACUCUAUUCAGUAUUCUAUUAAUUAUUAUGUACAAGCAUUCAUGAAUUAUAUUUCAUCAAUAUUAAGCAGAUCAAUAAUGAAUUGGGAUCUUAAAGGAAUGUUUUAUUUAAUUAAUAAUAAUGAUUAUGAAUAUAUUAAUAAUCCAUUAGGGAUAUUAUGUGAUAAUCUAAUUUUAUCAAUUCAACGUUCAAUUAUUGUUAAAAAUGCUAAAUCAAAAACUGGAAGUAAAACAUUUAAUAUUGAAAAUGAAUAUAAACAAGCUACUCAAAUUGGUGGAAAACAAUAUAUACGUCUUGCUGGUUUACGUGAUGAUAUUUCAAAUAAUAAUGGAUUUAGUAAAUCAUUAAAUGAUGGAAGAAGAAAACAAAAAUCAUCAAAAUAUGAAAAAACACAAAGGAGAUUUUCAUUUCAUUCAUUCUUUAUUCUAGGAAUGACUAAAAAUCAAAUUAUUCAACAAACAUUAUUUAAUGGAAAAGAAGGAGCAAGUGCUUUAGCUCAUUUAAUAAAAGCAAAAGUAAUUCCUGAUUGUGUAAGUUCAAUAUGGGUAUGUUGUGUUGAUAAAAGAUAUGAAAAUGGAAGAAAUGGUAAAUUUUCUGUAUCUAAACAAAAUAUUACAUGGUCAGGUGGAAAACUUAAACCAGAUAUAGAUGAUGAAAAAGGAUUAACAAAAUAUUUAAUUAUUUAUUUAUGUGCUAAAGAUAAUGACUAUAUGAUUAAAAAACAAUAA